AUGAACGUACUUGCCAAACCCGCCGACCUUGAAGCCGCCGCUCCGGCAGGCGCCUUCGUGGAAGAAGUGACGGCCGUCCAGCAUUAUACCGACCGCCUGUUCCGCUUCCGCAUGACCCGACCGGCGAGCUUCCGCUUCCGCUCCGGAGAAUUCGUGAUGAUCGGCCUGAUGAUCGACGGAAAGCCGUUGUAUCGGGCUUACUCGAUCGCCAGCCCGGCCUGGGACGAGGAGCUUGAGUUCUUCUCGAUAAAGGUUCCGGAUGGUCCGCUGACGUCUCAUCUUCAGAAAAUACAACCCGGUGACGCGGUACUGAUGAAGAAGAAACCGACCGGAACGCUGGUGAAUGAUGCCCUUGUUCCCGGGAAACGGGUUUACAUGUUCUCGACCGGUACAGGCAUCGCCCCGUUUGCCAGCCUGAUCCGGGACCCGGACACUUACGAGAAGUUCGACCAGGUUAUCCUGACGCACAGCUGCCGCGAAGUCGCGGAACUCAAAUAUGGCGAGGAUCUGGUCGAGCAAACGAUCAACGAUCCGCUGAUUGGCGAAUUCGCAAAGGACAAGCUGGUGCACUAUACCUCGGUCACCCGCGAAGACUUUCCGCGUCAGGGCCGGAUCACCGAUCUGAUCAAAUCCGGCAAGCUGUUCGAGGACCUGGGCGUGCCACCGCUGGAUCCGGCGAUUGAUCGCGGCAUGAUCUGUGGCUCCAUGGACAUGAUCAAGGACACCAAGACACUGCUUGAAGAGGCGGGUCUGACGGAAGGCGCAAAUAACAAGCCUGCCGAGUUCGUCGUCGAGCGCGCUUUCGUCGGCUGA